AUGGCGCAAUUCGGUCGCUACAGGUUCCUGCUGGUAGCAGUGGUGUUCCAUCUGGUGUACAUUUAUACAAUCUUCAGCAUACAUUUCACAAGUCCAAUUGUCCAUGGCAUGCGCGAGCACCGCGUGGAGACGCAGGAAGCUCCCGCGAAACGUUUAGUGCUUUUUGUUGGCGACGGCCUCCGCGCAGACAAGGCUUUUCAAUCGUUUCCCAACCCUGACCCCAAUCCUCCGACCCCUCUCGCAGACAACACCAGCGACCCGCGACCUCUCGCCCCGUACCUUCGCUCUCGCGUCCUAGAACAUGGCACCUUUGGCGUCUCCCAUACACGCGUCCCCACCGAAUCGCGCCCUGGACAUGUUGCGCUCAUCGCAGGUUUAUACGAGGAUGUCUCCGCGGUCACGACCGGGUGGAAGCUGAACCCAGUCAACUUUGACAGCGUCUUCAAUCGAAGCCGGCAUACAUGGAGCUGGGGCAGUCCCGACAUUCUUCCCAUGUUUGAGGCGGGCGCUGUACCUGGGAGAGUCGACGCAUACUGCUAUGGUGCUGAAGAAGAGGAUUCCUCCAAAGACGCCUGGGUGUUGGACGAAUGGGUAUUCGAGCGCGUCAAGAAGCUCUUCGCGGACGCCAAAACGAACGCGACACUGGACGCAGAAUUGAGGCAGGAGAAAAACGUCUUCUUCCUCCACUUGCUUGGAAUCGACACUACAGGCCAUGCGCAUCGUCCAUACUCGUGGCAAUACUUGCACAACAUUCAGAUCGUGGACCGUGGAGUUCAGGAGAUUACGGAGCUGAUUGAAGAGUUCUACAACGAUGGCAAGACGUCCUUUGUGUUCACGGCGGAUCACGGCAUGAGCGACUGGGGAAGCCAUGGAGACGGACAUCCAGACAAUACGCGCACACCCUUGAUUGCAUGGGGUGCUGGUGUUGCAGCACCAUUGAAGAACGUAUCAGGCGUUGCUAAAGGCCACACCGAGUUUUCUUCGGACUGGAACUUGGACGAGGUCGAACGACACGACGUUGACCAAGCCGACGUCGCGGCAUUGAUGGCGUACCUGGUCGGUCUGGACUUUCCCACCAACUCCGUCGGAGUCUUGCCGCUCUCUUACCUUGACAAAGACCCCAAAGCCAAGGCAGAAGCUCUUCUUGCCAACGCUAAGGAAAUACUGGAAAUGUAUCACGUCAAAGAGGAUAUCAAGAAGUCGACACAACUCCACUACAAGCCGUUCGCUGGCCUUGGUGACGACGCACAUUCUGUCGAACAUCGCAUUGCGGAAAUACAAGCUUUCAUCGACAAGGGCAACGAUGUCGAAGCUAUCCGUGAGACUUACGAGCUCAUCGACCUUGGUCUCGAAGGAUUGCGGUACUUGCAGACGUACGAUUGGCUCUUCCUACGGACGCUGGUGACUGCCGGCUAUGUCGGAUGGAUUGUGUUCGCCAUUACGACUGUCAUUGACUUGCAUGUGCUCACCGAACAUGUGCCAGCACAAAGAACGGCGGCCAGUAUGGUGGUGUUCUCUUCUGUGUUUGUUGCACUCUGUGGAGUAUUUUUCAAACAGGAAUCACCGAUCGUCUACUACGCAUACGCCGUUUUCCCUGUCUUGUUUUGGGAGGAAGUCUUUGCGCAGAGGCUGUCGCUCGUCAAGGGCGGCAAGGUUCUGUUUGGUCAUCUGAACUCAGGCGCCGAUAUUGCGAAACUUGUUCUUGCGACUCUAGGCUUUUUUGGUCUCCUCGAGGCUUUGGUCCAAAGCUACUUCGUCAGGGAAAUUUACACCGUAUGCUACCUGGUUGCAACACUAUGGCCAGCAGUCUAUGGACAAGAGUUUGUGAAGAAGAACAUGGCGACAGUCGCCACUUGGGUCCUGUCUUGCGUGGGCAUGAGCGCUUUCACACUACUACCAGCCAACAAGGCAGAGGACACUCGCCUGAUUCUUCUUGGAGGUGCGUUGAUGUUUGUCAUCGGCGCGCUUUACCUGCUCUUUGAGAAGAGCAUUCUCGAAGACGGUAAAUCCGAAGCCGAACUCGCCAAGCACGAGCUCAACAACAACUCUCGUAUCAUACUGGGCGUCCAGCUCGGUCUCGUAGUACUGUCCAUGAUUGUGACGAAAAGCAGCAGCGGAUACCUCCAAGCGCGCGUAGGCAUACCAUUUGGUGUUCUGACAGUGACACGAGCAACGCUGUUGGCCUCACUUGUCGUCCCUCAACUGCAUGGUCUAUACCCCAACACCCACUACGUCCACCGCCUCGUAGUCAUCUUCCUGCAGUUUGCGCCGACAUUUAUCAUUCUCUCCAUCUCGUACGAAGGGCUAUUUUACUUCGCCUUCUGCAUGUGUCUGUUCAGCUGGAUGCGCCUCGAGCACCAGGUGUACCUGCAUAACACGGCCAACCCAUCGACUGCAGCCAUUACAUCGGAUCCGGCCAAGCCUACCAUGGACGCUGCGUCUGAUCGCCUCGAUUCGCUCCAAAAGGGGGAGUACAGAACAUUGACACUAGCCGACGCCCGCAUCGCCCUCUUCUUCAUCUUCUUCAUCCAGUCGGCCUUUUUCAGCGCAUCCAACAUCGCUUCGGUGUCGUCGUUUUCGCUCGACGCCGUCUACCGCCUGGUCCCCAUUUUCGAUCCCUUUUCUCAGGGCGCACUUCUCAUGCUCAAGCUCAUGGUGCCAUUUGCGGCUCUCUCGGCCAAUUUCGGUCUGCUCAACCGCCGUCUGGGUGUGGCGCCGUCAGCCCUCUUCAUGGUGGUGAUGGCAGUCAGUGAUGUCAUGACACUGAGCUUCUUCUACAUGGUCAAGGACGAGGGCAGCUGGCUGGAGAUUGGAACGACGAUUAGUCACUUUGUUAUUGCGAGCUUGUUGGGUGUGUUUGUUAGCGGACUCGAGAUUUACAGCGAGUGGACUAUUCGGGGGGUGGAGUUUGGCGGUAGCAAGAAGACGCAGGGGAAUGGAACCGUCAACGGAAAGACUAGUGGGAAGGUAGAGUAG